AUGGCAUCAUCUUCAGGCCCAUCAGGGCCGCCCUCCAACCAACAUUGGCCUGCGACAUCUUCUGACGAUGCGGCGUCGCAAUUGGCAGCAUACAGGCAGAGACAUGGUUCCCGCGCACUGCAAUCUGACCAAAUGGAUGAGGACGAGGAUGAAAAUCAAGUGGCAGCAGAGCUACUUACCGACAAUGCCGAUUGGCAAAGGAUGGAACCGGUUCAGCAAACGUCUGAACGAUUGGGCGAUGAAAAUGCGCUGAUUCGAGAUCUGCUGCAUUCACCUUCUGAAGAAGCGCCUGCUCAGCAACAGGCAAGAGUCGACCCCGUGGGUACAGCUGCCGAUGAGCGACAGGCAGGGGCAACGCGAGCUGCAGCUCCGGCCAUCGCGCUUGGCAAUGUGACUGUGAAGGACUUGAAGAACAGGAAUUGUUGGAUCUGUGCAGAAGGGGAUGCAGAGGAUUUGGACACAUCUAAUGGCAGGACACAAAGGAUCAGGAAGUGGUUACACCCUUGUCGUGAGCAUUACCCCCCGCAAAUUGGUCGCUGAAGCCUUCGCUGACGCAAACGAUGGUACUCCUCCUCCUCCAUCUUGUGACCCGCAGAAUGCAGCUUGGUAGCGCACGAGGUUGUGAGUGUAGACUUCAGAAGAGGCUAGAAGCUUGCAUUCGCUUAGCUCCAUUCGGCUCUGUGCAGUGUCUCAGACGAUGGAUCAGGCAUGCGGAUCGACAAGGAAAGGAGCUCAAAUGUCCUCAAUGUGCGCAGCCGUACAAGCUCGACGUGCACAAGUCCUUCUUGCUGCGCGCUGGCGAGUUUCUGGAGUUUGCUAGCGCGCUCGGUCUGCCUGCCGUUUCCAUCGGUGUAGGUCUGUCCGCGAUCGUGCUAGGUCUCACAGCGUACGGAUGUGCGGCUACCAGGUCAUUCGUCGGAAGAGAUGGGUAUGCUAAGCUGCUUGGCGGCAAGUGGCCAUGGUCUGUGAGUGUCGCUCCUUUCGCCAAAUGUGAAGCCUGCGCCCCAACUGAAUGUGCUUUGCAUCGCUGUUGCACAGCGUUGGAUCGAGAUGCCUCUCAUACCCUUUAUGCUGCUUUUGGUGCGCCUAAAGCCAAUCGACUUUUUGUCCACCACGACUUUGCUUGCGACACUGAAUCCGGUAGGCAUUGUCAUCGCGCCAUCUCCCAACAGUAUGGUACCCCCCAACCUCCUCAUGGGUCUGUUUCCCAGCCUGAGGAAGGACACAAGAGGGAUUUGGCACGUGCGCACGGCCUCGCGCAGGAAUUGGCCGCCUGGUCCAGGCGUCACGCUUUUACUGUUCCCUUGGAUCAGAGCCGUCUACUCCAUUGUCAAGCGAGCCAUCACCAGACGCGUGCUUGCUCCUCUCGCACGGCGUGCUGCACCACAGCGCGACGAUGGCAGGCCGAGAGAUGGCGCCGCUCGACUCGCUGGCAUGACAGAAGACUUCGUUGCCAAUGUUCAUUUCGGCUGGCACGAUAGACGUGAGGAACUUCAGCGUCGACAUCUUGGACAAGCUCAAGGUAACGCGAAUGCGGCGCGCCCACCCGCGCAGCCGAACGCGGUAGGCCAAGCCGCUGCGAAUGCGGAGCAGCUAGCAGAGCAGGACCGACUGGAUGAGGAGGAGGUGGACAGACUGCAGCGUAUCAUACUUGAAGCUGGAGGCCCUCAACCCGACCUUCAUCUGGCAGACGGUGUGCGGGAUGUGGGCCUGGAUGCCGAGGGCUUACCACGGCCUGUACCUGCGGGCGCGGCCGCCAUCGACGAGCGACCAGUCGAAGAGCAACGCCAGGAAGAAGAUGAAGAGGAGGAGGAAGACCCAGAGGAGGAGCAAGGGAACGUGCACGGUGUACACAACGGUAAUCAGCGACGAGUCACCAUCUACGUCACACCUACGAGCUUGGGUCGAUUCUUCCUUGGCACGCUCUCGCUGCCGUUCAUUGGGCAUGUGCUUGGACAAGCCUUGGCGUGGACUGCUCGCACUUUCGAGUCAAAAUGGGCUCUGCGUAUCCUGGGCAUUGGUCAAGAUCCGCACGCAGGCUUGACGGCCGGCAGCGCAAAAUCAUAUCAAUCUCCCGUCUCGGCGCUUUUCAAGACUGGAAACCCUUUUGGCCAUUCUUUCGACUUUCUGAGCUCUAACGCGUCAUCGCAAGAACGAUGCGUUGAUCCCAAGCAACUGGAUUUUGAUGAGAUGGAUCCGAUUUGGUGGAGGACCAUGAUAGGGGCUAGCCUGUGGAUCGUCAUCAAGGACGCUGCGCAGCUCUAUUACAGAGCCGCGAGGCUAAAGCAUGCAAAGAACAGAAAGAAUUUGCAGGUCGAAGAUAAACCAUUCCCUCCUCAUAUGGUUCCUGACUUGGAACUUCGCGAGCGCAGGUAG